CCGUCGUGUCCUUCAGGUGGUGCCUUCAUGUGCGGUUGGAAAGAUAUGGACGGAGAGGGGAUUUUUGAUACCCGAGCUGUUGACGUGACGUUUAUUUUAACGAUAGAAGAAGUGGUAUAAGAAGGGAUGUCAACAGGUAUAUAUGGGAAAAGGGGAAAACAAGAUUGUUUGUCUGUCCCCUAAUUAGCUAACGGUUAAACCGCGUAAUUCUGCAGACAGCACUUGUCAAGUCUACAACUAACCGCUGUUGCAAACAUUCCGGGCACAGGUUAGAUAAACUUACAAUACCAAUAAGGGACAUUUUAUUGGCUCAAAGGAUUUUGGCAAAUGUGUUAUUACACUACAUUUUGUGGGCGAAAUCAUAAUACAUUAUUUUCUUUUUUGCAAUAUCAAAAUCGUAUGGAACUAUUUUACAACGGCGGAAGCGCACCAACUCUUCCGUUUGGACAGUAUACUGACGUCACGUACUUUGUCAUCCCUCUCGGCUCCGUCAGCGUUGCCGAGAAGCACGGGCUGAGCUUUGCUUCCUAAGCCGCGUUGUAACUGCUGGUAAUUAGGUGAAGAUGGCCGCAGGUCCCCUCUCUGCAUCUUCCAACGCAUCCACAAACAACGAUGGCAUUCUCAUCGGCGACAAAGUUUACUCGGAGGUUUACCUUACAAUCGACAACUCCCUUAUACCAGAAGAAAGGCUCUCUCCGACGCCGUCGAUGCUUGACGGCCUCGACCUGAACACUGAGACCGACCUUCGCAUCCUGGGAUGUGAGCUCAUUCAGUCGGCGGGAAUUCUUCUUCGGUUACCCCAGGUGGCAAUGGCUACGGGGCAAGUGCUCUUUCAUCGCUUUUUCUACUCAAAGUCUUUCGUGAAGCACAGUUUUGAGAUUGUUGCCAUGGCUUGUGUCAAUUUGGCCUCCAAGAUCGAAGAAGCUCCGCGACGAAUACGAGACGUCAUUAAUGUUUUCCACCAUCUACGACAGAUUAGAGGCAAAAAGAGUGCAAGUUCAUUGAUACUUGAUCAGAACUACAUAAAUACCAAAAACCAAGUCAUCAAAGCAGAACGGCGUGUCCUGAAGGAGCUGGGCUUCUGUGUUCACGUAAAGCAUCCACACAAGAUUAUCGUCAUGUAUCUUCAAGUCCUGGAAUGUGAAAAGAACCAAACGCUGGUCCAGACUGCCUGGAACUACAUGAAUGACAGCCUGAGGACGAAUGUGUUUGUGAGGUUCCAAGCUGAGACCAUCGCCUGUGCUUGCAUAUUCCUUGCUGCCCGAGCUCUGCAGAUGCCCCUGCCGUCCAGACCUCACUGGUACCUGCUGUUUGGAGCCAGCGAAGAGGAGAUUAAAGAGAUCUGCAUCACCACGCUCAGACUUUACAGUAGGAAGAAGCCUAACUAUGAGCAGCUAGAGAAGGAGGUGGAGCGAAGGAAGAUGUUUUUGGCAGAGGCUAAGCUCAAGGCCAAAGGCCUGAACCCAGAUGGCACACCUGCCCUUUCCACACUAGGUGGUUUCUCGCCAGCCUCCAAGCCCUGUUCCCCAAAUGUGGUUAAGGUGGAGGAGAAGUCCCCAAACCCUCAGACCCUCAAACCGGUGAAGAAGGAGCCAGAUAACAGGGCGCAAGUCACCAAGAGUCCACACAAUGGUUUAAGGAAGGAGGUGAAGAUUGGAAGGAACAGCAGGAGUGGGAGUCGGUCUCGUUCUAGGACACGUUCUCACUCCAGAUCCCGCUCUCCUCGCAGACAUUACAACAGCAGGCGCAGUCGCUCGGGGACGUACAGUUCUCGCUCACGCUCACGCUCUCACAGUCGCAGCCCAUCGCCACGGCGACACCAGCCUUCACCACUCCUCCCUCACCUCAAGCCAAAGGCAAGUCACCACGGCAACAGCGACUCCAAGCCCAGUGGCCGUCACAGCAACAGCGGAGGCGGAGGGUCUGGCCACAAAAGGAAGCGCUCACGAUCACGGUCCCGGUCACGCUCUCUGGUCAAAGGAGAGAGGGAGCGAGACAGGGAGAGGGAACGGGAGAGAGAUAGAGACCGCAGCUCCUCUGACCUGUCGUCCUCCAAGAAACACAAACACGAACGAGGAGGAGGUCACCACCGCGGCGACAGGAGGGACAGGGAGAGAUCUCGCUCCUACGACAGGGAGAGAGACAGGGAGCGCAGCCACAAGAGCAAACAUCAUAGCAGCAGCGGGCAUUCAGGACACAGUCGCCACCGGCGUUGAGACGCACACUGACAGACUCUCUGGGUCUGGUAGUCACUUUAAAAUCGACACAGUUGGUUUUCUGGGUUUCUCAAACGCAGCCUAGUUCUGAUUAUCUUAGCCAAGUUAUUUCCAUUAGUUUAUUCGUUAAUGUGUAUUUGUAAACAUCAUUAUUUGUGGGGUUUCCAUUGUUGGCUCUCUUCACAUCAGUUUUGGAGACGACGGCUGCAACAAGGCCAAAGGAUGAGACCUUUACUAACAUUAGCUCUUGGCCUCAGAAAAUAUGAAAAUGUUGACUUGGAUUGGAAAUUUUUCUUUGGCUGUGACCCUCCACUAGGUGGCAGCCUGCUUGUAGCUGAUUCUGGGCUUGAAGGCUAUUGAUGUAAACAUGAUUGUAAUUGAAGAUAUGCAUUUGGGAAACCCAAUCUCCGGCAGUAAUUACCAAUUUGAUAGGGUCAAACAUUUUUCACCUAUCUAAUCACUGAACUAUGGCUGAGUGACUGGCAGUGUUAACUCUAUCAGUGUGACACCAGCCCCAGACUGUCAAGUUGUUUCUUCACAUAUAAUUUCAUUUGGAUUUAUUUUCUUGCCCACUUCCCCACUCCUAUAUAUAUUUUUGUUCAACAUAUAAAGUUAUGGACUUAGAGGAACAACAUAUUUACAGUGUAAAGAUGGGUUGAUAGCUGCUGAGAUAUUGUGAAUGCUUUGAUUUAUAAAAGCAAACUGCUCAGUGGAAGGGUUAAAUACAGUGAAAAUGAUAAUUCAGGAACGAUCUGUUUUUGCACAUUAUGGGGCUGGCAAGCGAGUGUGUUUUGUUUGGUUCCCUAUUUUUUUCUGGACAAAUGUAUGUCGCUAAAGCUGUGUUCUGUACAGUUGCAAAAAAAGAAAAAACUGGGUUCCCUAGAGUUUUUUUUACAGCAGGGAUGCAGACUUAAUUUCAAAAUAUUUUAGGGUGUUGAAUUUGUUACACUGGUUUUUAGUCUGCACGUGUUAAUGUCUGAUUUUUAUUCGGUAAUAAAAAAAAUGCAAUUA